AUGCCAGAACAAGUGAUUACAUCCUUUUUGGAUACUGACAUGUAUAAAUUGACAAUGCAUGCAGCUGUCUUUUUAAAUUUCCCAGAUGCCAAAGUUACCUAUAAGUAUACUAAUAGAUCUAGUCAAUUAUCAUUUAAUGAAGCUGCCAUUGAAUGGUUGAAAAAUCAACUGAAUUUAUUAAGCAAUAUUAGAUUCACCACAGAUGAGAUUGCUUACUUAAAGAGAGAGAUUCCAUACCUUCCAAAGGAAUAUAUCGAUUUCAUUAGUAAUUCUGAUUUCAAAUUAAAACCAGAUGAGCAUAUCACAUUCAAUACAGAAUCCUUUGCUCAAAAUGGUGAAACUAGAUAUAAUAUCGAUUUACUCAUCAGUGGUUUAUGGACGGAUACCAUUCUAUACGAAAUCCCAUUAUUAGCAUUAGUCUCAGAGGCUUAUUUCAAAUUCGUCGAUACCGAUUGGGAUUACGAAAAUCAAGUUGAAAAGGCUAAACAAAAAGCAUUGGACCUAAUGGAAAAUGGGUUAAAGUUUAGUGAAUUUGGUACUAGACGCCGUAGAUCUUAUCAUACACAACAAUUGGUGCUCCAAGGGAUUAUGGAUGCUGUCGCUACAAAUGAAGACAAAUAUAAAGAUAUACUAUUAGGUACUUCCAAUGUUCUUUUUGCUAAAAAUUUUAAUAUUAAACCUAUUGGUACCGUAGCUCAUGAAUGGAUUAUGGGUAUUGCAGCAUUAACUGACGAUUAUAUUAAUGCUAAUAAGAACUCCAUGAAAUAUUGGGUGGAUACAUUUGGUUCUGAAAAUGCAGGUCUUGCUUUAACUGAUACAUUCGGUACAGAUGACUUUUUGAAAUCAUUUUUACCACCUUAUUCCGAUUAUUACAUUGGUGUUAGACAAGAUUCUGGUGAUCCAGCUAAGUAUACUGAAAAGAUUGCACAUCAUUACCAUGAAGUUUUAAAAUUACCUAAAUUCUCUAAAGUUUUGUGUUACUCAGAUUCUUUGAAUGUCGAAAAAGCCAUUACAUAUGGUAAAGUUGCCAAAGAGAAUGGUAUGAUUGCUACAUUUGGUAUUGGUACAAAUUUCACCAAUGAUUUCCAAUUAAAAUCUGAUAAUAACAUAAAGAGUGAACCACUGAAUAUUGUCAUUAAAUUGUUAAAUGUCAAUGGUAAUCAUGCGAUUAAGAUCUCCGAUAAUUUAGGUAAAAAUAUGGGUGAUCCAUCAAUUGUUAAAAGGGUCAAGGAGGAACUUGGUUACGUCGAACGCAAAUGGAGUGGUGAUAAUGAAGCUCAUCGCUGGAGCGCUUAA